AUGAAUAUACCACAUGACAUCUAUAUUGAUAAUCUUAAAAUUGAAGAUAUUAAACAAGUUGAAUAUGACCAAGAUAAAGUAUUAGAUUUACAAGAAAGUAUUCAUAUAAGUUGUCCAUUUAAACUGCUGGGUUCCAAGAAUUCAUACAAACCAUCAUCAUAUAAUCCUUUUGAUAACAUACUGGAUUCGGAAUCAGAAUCAGAUUCAUCAGAUGAAGAAUAUUAUGAAGAUGAAAAAUUUGAAAAACAACCAUUAUUAUUCAAAUCUCCAAAUUCAUUACCAUUACCAGUGACCACACCUAAUUCAAAACCAAAUACCAAAACCAAAAAGACAAUAUCUAGUGUAUCAAUCGUGUUAUUGAUACUUAUAACCAUAAUGUUAUUUAAAAUCAGUGGAAACUUACUAGCCUCAAAUUCAAUUGAAACAUCAUCAACAAUAUUAACACAUGGGAACCCUAAUGCCAUCCACAAAUUGGAAACACCUGUCACCCAGUACAAACACACUGCACGCCUAGAUGAAUACUACACUCAAUACCAAAUCAAAUGA